AUGAACAAAAACGGAACAGCUAAAAUGAAUGAUAAUCAAAUUAGAGCAGAAGGUAGAAGGUUAUUUAAACGCUUCUAUAACAUUCCUGAUGGUGUUAAUCCUAAAACUCGUAGAAGCUAUUUAAAUGAAGCAAUAGAUGCAUAUGAAGGGUUUGACAUUUCAUCAGAAAGUGAGAGAUUAGCGAGAAUGUUAAAUGUUAAUAUUGAUUUCUAUUAUUGUGAUCCUCAACCAGAAGACGUAGACAUUAACAAGGUAGACUUUCCAUUAGUGGAAUCAAUAAUGAUAGAUCCAGAAUUUGAAACAGUAAAUAUUUUAUUAACACAGAGUCCAUGUGGAAAACUUCACGCUGACAGAAUAACAGACGUUGAAGCACUCACCGGCUAUAGAGUUUGUCCAUAUUGUAAAGAAGAAGUUUAUUCUAUCCGUGAUGAUCCAGAAAGGAAAAACCAAAGAAGAUUUUUAAAGCAUUGUGAGAAAUGUAAAGAAAAUAAUGGAAGAUUAAUUCAAGACGUUCAAUUGCAAAAGACACAGCAACCAUAUGCACCACAUAU